AUGACAUUAAGACAGCAAAAAAUUAGCUCGUUAAGAAGAAACGAUACAAUGUGGAUAUAUAAAAACCCACAAGGAUUACUGAUAUUAGAAGAUGAACUGAAUGAACGCAGAAAGCGACGAUCUGCAAGACAUCGCUCCAGCCCGCCGUUACCCCGACCCCAACCAAAGCAAGAGCUCCGAGAAAAAGCUGUGUUGACGCCACCAGUAAUGCAGUUGGCAUCGCCAAGUGAUGUAUUGAUACCUAUAGCUAAAAAGGCUGAUGCAAAUGUGAAGCCUAUCAACAACAUUUCUACCAAGGAACCAUUGAAAAGGUCAGCAAUCGCAGACAAACCAACCAUUAAAAACAGCAAACAGCCACCGAAGCCAACAGUAAAGACAAAUUUGAUUGAGGAAAGAUCAAAACUAUUUAAAGCUUCCAACAAUAGUGACAUGUCUAAAGAUGCGCCCAAAGAAAUACCUAAAUUGAUCAAUGCAAAGCCUAGAUCAAUAGCAUCGAAUCGAGAUGACCAAUUUCUGUCUGAAGUCAAGCAUAAACUAUCCCCAGUAAAGCCAGAAGUAGAAAAAUCCAGUAGUAAAGUCCCUGAAAAUGACGGCCCAGUAGCACCUCCACGAAGAAAGGGACUAGUAUCCUCCUUUGUCUCUGCAUUCGAAGCACCCUCUUCAAACACACCUACCAGAACCUAUCACAUCACCAAGCCUAGAGCAUUAGUAGAUGUCAAACCCAUCGCCAGCCAAAGUUAUAAUCCUGUAAGCUCUUCUCGGUUAGAGUCUAAUCAUGAUCCUCUGCCACCAGUCAAGCCUAGAAGACAGGCAGUAAUGCCUUCGCCAACGACCACCGUCAGCUCUCCCGCCCUGUCGACGCCUUCUCCAUUCGCUGUUGCUGUUGUACCUACUGACUCUUACUUUCCAAUGACAACAGCUUUUUUGCCACAGCAAAAGCAAGCAACAUUAAGUGAGCCUGAAACUAAGAUAUCGUCUUCCGUUUCAUCUCAAAAAGAAAGCGCGCCUUGCAGCAACGAAAUCAAUGUGUAUUUGCCUCAGCUUUCUCCUGAAAUUUCAUUCCAUGAAAGCAUAUUGGAGGAUGUUUCUGCUGGUGAACAAGAGGAGGAAAAUAGCGAAGAUGAUGAGCCUCUGGAUGUGGAGGUGGCUUCCAUCUUGGAGCGCCCAGAAAUCAAGAAGCGGGUAUCCUUCUCUGAUCAACUACUGACUUACAUUCCCGAGCAGCAAGCAUCAGACGAUGAUAUCGUCAGCAACAAGUCUACGGAGACUCCUUCUUCCAAAAAUCCCAUCAAAACAAAGCAGACUGUAGAAAGAAAAGUAAACACAGCACCAUACCGAGACAAAUAUGUGCCUGCUGCAGAGACAAGAAAGAUAUUUGAACCUGAAGUGGCACCCAAACGACCCUUGGUGGCUAAUGUUCUUGCUCCUCAAAAGCUCUCUAACAAACUGCUAGACAUGUUUCAGCAAAAACUCUCCACCAAAGCAUCUUUCAUCGAGCAGCAGCAACUGCCCAAGACUCAACAGCCAGAAUCCAGGGGACUAGUUCAUCUCACAAAAUCCAGACCUAGAAAACCUCCAAGCUUGAAAAAGCCAACAUAUCCUGCAGCUACAGCUCAACCAAAUUGGAGAGAAAGAGCAACCAACCGCAAAUAUGAAUUUAUUGCUUAA